AUGGGCAAAGGAGAUCCUAAGAAGCCAAGAGGCAAAAUGUCAUCAUAUGCAUUCUUUGUGCAAACCUGUCGGGAGGAGCACAAGAAGAAGCACCCAGAUGCUUCAGUCAACUUCUCAGAGUUUUCUAAGAAGUGCUCAGAGAUUUGGAAGACCAUGUCUGCUAAAGAAAAAGGAAAAUUUGAAGAUAUGGCAAAGGCGGACAAGGCCCAUUAUGUAAGAGAAAUGAAAACCUAUAUCCCUCCUAAAGGGGAAACAAAAAAGGAGUUCAAGGAUCCCAAUGCACCCAAGAGGCCUCCUUUGGCCUUUUUCUUCUUCUGUUCUGAGUAUCGCCCAAAAAUCAAAGGGGAACAUCCUGGCCUAUCCAUUGGCGAUGUUGCAAAGAAGCUGGGGGAGAUGUGGAAUAACACUGCUGCAGAUGACAAGCAGCCUUAUGAAAAGAAGGCUGCAAAGCAGAAGGAAAAAUAUGAAAAGGAUAUUGCUGCAUACCAAGCUAAAGGAAAGCCUGAUGCAGCAAAAAAGGACGAAGAGGAUGAAGAGGAAGAGGAAGAUGAAAAAGAAGAAGAUGAAGAAGAAGACGAUGAUGAUGUAUAA